AUGGUUGAAAAGUUUGUCGGGACGUGGAAGAUGGUUUCCAGCGAGAACUUUGACGACUACAUGAAAGCAAUCGGCGUGGGCUUCGCCAUCCGGCAGGUGGGCAACCGCACCAAGCCCAACUUGAUCGUGACGGUGGACGACCAAGGGACCGUGUGCAUGAAGACGCAGAGCACCUUCAAGACCUCCGAGAUUAAAUUCAAACUCAACGAGCCUUUCGAGGAGACCACCGCCGACGACAGAAAGACGCGGACCGUGAUCAGCUUGGAAAACGGCAAACUUGUGCAGAAACAGAGCUGGGACGGUAAAGAGACAAGCAUCGAGAGGGAAGUGACGGAUGGAAAAUUAAUAGCGAGGUGCAUCAUGGGAGAUGUAGUGGCAGUGAGGACCUACGUGCGGGAAGCGUGA